AUGGAGAGUUUGCUGUGCGAUGAAGUACUGUGGGUUAUGAGUCCCGCCGCCGGUGAAGAUAACCGCGGCCGUUACGGUGAGGCAGACGGCGGCGUUGUGGAAAAGUAUAAGAAAGAGGACUACGAAGAGGCUUUUGGGAUUCUUGUGGAGAAGGAAGCUAGAUACAUGCCUGAACCGGGCUACGCAAACCACCUCAAACUGAACCGCUUCAUUGGUAACGCUAGGUCUAAAGCUGUUCACUGGCUCAUUAUGUCUCGAAGAAGACUGAAUCUGUCCUUUGAGAGUGUGUUUGAUGCGGUCAACUAUCUCGACAGAUUCAUCUCCUUGAAGAAAUGCCAGGAAUGGAAAUGCUGGAUGUUUGACCUGCUCUCAGUUGCAUGCUUAUCAGUUGCGACGAAAUUCAAUGAAACAGACCCUCCUCCCUUGCAUGAAAUACAGAUGGAGGGCGUUGAGAAUUUGUUGGUAUCGGAUCUUAUCCAACGGAUGGAAUUGACGCUGCUAGAGGCUUUAGGAUGGCGGCUAUCUUCUACAACCCCAUACUCUUACCUGCAUCUCCUCACUGCUUCUUUCCGGUUUCAACAAACCCUACCGGAGCCGGAGGUGGAGGAACUCCGGUCACAUAUUACCGAUAUGCUCCUCGGGUCUCUUUUAGACCCGAAAUUCCUGGAGUUUCGACCUUGUGUUCUUGCUCAAACGGCACUGAAAUACAGUCUUGAAGAGUUUCUCCCACGGGAAACGAACACUUGUUGUUUCAACCAUUUUACAGCUCUUAUUCCUCAAGAUCACAAGAAUGAUCUGGAGAAGUGCGAAAUAAUGAUGGACAAAGGAGUGAUUCAAAACGUUAGGACUUGUGGGAGACUUUAUUGCCCAUCAAGCCCAGUAACUGUUUUGACAACCAAGCAGUGUGAUUGCUCCCUCCUCCUCAUCAAUAAUGUGCAACAAACACUCAAAAUUGACCUUGGAUCAUCAUCCAUUAAGAAAAGGAAGAGAGACCCAGAAGACAACUCCGAUGUUUGA